UCUAGUAAAUGUGGAAUCACAAAUUGAAAUAAUGUGCAUCUGAAAAGUGAAUAAAUAGAUGCCAAGAAGGAGUGACUCAUAAGCACAUGAGUUGUAAGAGGCUGAACUUGAGAGACCAGAUCAGGCAAUGCCGCUUAAUACCAUCACAUGAUCCUCCCCGAGGCCCUGUAUUUAAUUAAAAUAGAGAGGGAGGCACCACAGAUGCCAGAAGAGCACUGUUGCUUUUGGUGGAUGGGCCCAGAGGAAUUCAGAGUUAAACCUUGAGUGCCUGCGUCCCUGAGAAUUCAGCAUGGAAUGUCUCUACUAUUUCCUGGGAUUUCUGCUCCUGGCUGCAAGAUUGCCACUUGAUGCUGCCAAACGAUUUCAUGAUGUGCUGGGCAAUGAAAGACCUUCUGCUUACAUGAGGGAGCACAACCAAUUAAAUGGCUGGUCUUCUGAUGAAAAUGACUGGAAUGAAAAACUCUACCCAGUGUGGAAGAGGGGAGACAUGAGGUGGAAAAACUCCUGGAAGGGAGGCCGUGUGCAGGCAGUCCUGACAAGUGACUCACCAGCCCUCGUGGGCUCAAAUAUAACAUUUGUGGUGAAUCUGGUAUUCCCUAGAUGCCAAAAGGAAGAUGCCAAUGGCAACAUAGUCUAUGAGAAGAACUGCAGAAAUGAGGCUGGUUUAUCUGCUGAUCCAUAUGUUUACAACUGGACAGCGUGGUCAGAGGACAGUGAUGGGGAAAAUGGCACCGGCCAAAGCCAUCAUAACGUCUUCCCCGAUGGGAAACCUUUUCCUCACCACCCCGGAUGGAGAAGAUGGAAUUUCAUCUACGUCUUCCACACACUUGGUCAGUAUUUCCAGAAAUUGGGACGAUGUUCAGUGAGAGUUUCUGUGAACACAGCCAAUGUGACACUUGGGCCUCAGCUCAUGGAAGUGACUGUCUAUAGAAGACAUGGACGGGCAUAUGUUCCCAUUGCACAAGUGAAAGAUAUGUACGUGGUAACAGAUCAGAUUCCUGUAUUUGUGACUAUGUCCCAGAAGAAUGAUCGAAAUUCAUCCGAUGAAACCUUCCUCAAAGAUCUCCCCAUUACGUUUGAUGUCCUGAUUCAUGAUCCUAGCCACUUCCUCAAUUAUUCUACCAUUAACUACAAGUGGAGCUUCGGGGAUAAUACUGGCCUGUUUGUUUCCAUCAAUCAUACUGUGAAUCACACAUAUGUGCUCAAUGGAACCUUCAGCCUUAACCUCACUGUGAAAGCUGCAGCACCAGGACCUUGUCCGCCGCCACCACCACCACCCAGACCUCCAAAACCCACCCCUUCUUUAGGACCUGCUAGUGACAACCCCCUGGAGCUGAGUGAGAUUCCUGAUGAAAACUGCCAGAUUAACAGAUAUGGUCACUUUCAGGCCACCAUCACAAUUGUAGAGGGAAUCUUAGAGGUUAACAUCAUCCAGACGACAGACGUCCUGAUGCUGGUGCCAGGGCCUGACAGGUCCCUAAUAGACUUUGUUGUGACCUGCCAAGGGAGCAUUCCCACGGAGGUCUGUACCAUCAUUUCCGACCCCACCUGCGAGAUCACCCAGAACGCAGUCUGCAGCCCUGUGGAUGUGGAUGAGAUGUGUCUGCUGACUGUGAGACGAGCCUUCAAUGGGUCUGGGACAUACUGCGUGAACCUCACCCUGGGGGAUGAUACAAGCCUGGCUCUCACGAGCACCCUGAUUUCUGUUCCUGAUAGAGACCCAGCCUCCUCUUUAAGGAUGGCAAAUACUGCCCUGAUCUCCGUUGGCUGCUUGGCCAUAUUUGUCACUGUGAUCUCCCUCUUGGUAUACAAAAAACACAAGAAAUACAAACCAAUAGAAAACAGUCCUGUGAAUGUGGUCAGAAGCAAAGGUCUGAGUGCCUUUCUCAACCGUGCAAAAGCCGUGUUCUUCCCGGGAAACCAGGAAAAGGAUCCGCUACUCAAAAACCAAGAAUUUAAAGGAGUUUCUUAAAUUUCGACCUUGUUUCUGAAGCUCACUUUUCAGUGCCAUUGAUGUGAGAUGUGCCAGAGUGGCUAUUAACCAUUUUUUCCUAAAGAUUAUUGUAAAAUAGAUAUUGUGGUUUGGGGAAGUUGAAUUUUUUUAUAGGUUAAAUGUCAUUUUAGAGUUGGGGAGAGGGAUUAUACUGCAGGCAGUUUCAGCCAUGUUGUGAAACUGAUAAAAGCAACUUAGCAAGGCUUCCUUUCAUUAUUUUUUGUUUCACUUAUAAAGUCUUAGGUAACUAGUAGGAUAGAAACACUGUGUCCCAAGAGUAAGGAGAGAAGCUACUAUCAAUUAGAGCCUAACCCAGGUUAACUGCAAGGAGAGGAGGGAUAAUUUCAGCUUUCCAUGUAACUAUAUGCAUAAAACCGAUGUAGUCCAGUUUCUAAGAUCAUGUUCCAAGUUAACUGAAUCCCAUUUCAAAACACACUUAGGAGCUCCUGAUGGAACAAUAACAGGCCCAAACCUCUGGUAUGAUGUGCACACUUGUUAGACUCAGAAAAAAUACUACUCUCAUAAAUGGGUGGGAGUAUUUUGGUGACAACUUGCUUUGCUCGGCUGAGUUAAGGAAUGAUAUUCAUUUAUUCAUUUAUUCCAUGGACGUUUAGUUAGUGCUUUUUAUAUACCAGGCAUGAUGCUGAGUGACACUCUUGUGUAUAUUUCCUAAUUUUUGUACAGUCGGUGCACAUAUUUGAAAUCAUAUAUUAUGACUUUCCAAAGGAUGAGGUCCCUGGUUUUUCAUGGCAACUUGAUCAGUAAGGAUUUCACCUCUGUAACUAAAACUAUCUACUAUCUGUUAGACAUGACAUUCUUUUUCUCUCCUUCCUGAAAAAUAAAGUGUGGGAAGAGACAAGA